AUGUAUCUCCAGCAUUUGGCUGUUCUUCUCCUCUCCGUUCUUGUUCUUCCUAUAUCGCAUGCUACAAACGAAAUUCCGGAAGUGCCUAAUGCAAACCAUGUCUUCAACGCCGUUCAUUCGUCCAUGAGACAAUGGGGUUCGUCACUUAACCACAAUGGAAUGUCUUUCUUCCUCGCCACAGUACCAGCUGGAACACAGCUCUACCAUGGAACUUCGAAGCAAGAAGAGAUAUCCGGGACACAGUGGUUGGCGUUCGAACCAGAGCACGCACUCGUCUUCGCACGGCCUCAUCGGGGACCGCCGCCAGGAGAAGGGCAUGGUCCGCCAAACGAUCGACCUCAUAAUGGAGUAGAUGAACCGGGCAGACGACACAACGGAAAACCAUCUCCAAUUAUGGAUGAUGGUAGGAAGCGUCACCCAAAUGCUGUGCGAUUUGCUGAUUCGAAACCCUCAGGAGCGACGCCGGUAUCCCCUCCUUGGAAACAGCCACCACUCCACGAGCGAUCACGAACACGUCCCUCGACGUAUGAUCUUAACCACUAUGAACGAUUCAAUCGUGGACCUCCUGCAUAUCGUGGAGAAAGAAGCGACACUCAGCAGCCACUGAGCUCACAAGCAUCGAAAGAUAACACCGAGUACGGCUACUUACACACUUACACGCCAAAACAUAACCUUCGCCUGCUAUAUCUUGAUGGCCUUUCCGCUGGAAAGACUCCUAAUGGCACACUCGAUACCCAAGACAUGCUACUCCUUAAUCUCACUGACUUGGAUAGCCCUAUGGCAGGCGAAUAUCAGCGCGCAGAAGGUCUUUGCAAUCUAACCAAAACACUUUGGGAAAAUAAGAUCGAUGGCGUCUUGCGCAUGGAGGCUGGCUUCGAGAUUAUACUUUGUGACUUUACGAAACAUCUGCAAAGAAAGGACGUUGUUGCGAUAUCUCAACACGAGCACCGUGGUGCAUCUGGAAAGGGACCAGAUGGUUGGCAGUACCUCAAAGCUCUCACCUCGCGCUACCAAGGGAUUGGCGGUAAUAGGGUGAAGUUGGAUCUUGAGAACUUCGUUAGCGUCUUUGCUUAUCCCAACAUCGAGGGGCUGUUUGACAACGACGUACAGUCCGACUAUGCUAUGCCUAGACUACAGAAUGUCAUAGAGGGUGACCGUAUGCGUGUCAAAGACGAUGUCACGGAUAUGAUUCUGCGAAAAGACUGGAACACAGACGAACAAUUGCGCGAUUGGCAAGCAGUGGCUGAUAUGGUAGUACAGCGGUACAGCAAACCUCUUCAUCACCUUCACACCGACAAGGACAUUCGAGAAGACAAGGAUGCACUUACUCUUUACUUCGCCACGCUACUUCGCCCCUUCAUCUCUUCCGCUCGCAACGCAACACUGGAGACACAACGCUGUGUGUCUCAGUACAUCCCCACGUUGCCUUUACCGCCACAACCGGUCGCCUCUCUGGCGCACCUCAACCUAUACGUUGUGACGCAUCGGCUGUGCGACACACUCCUGACUGCCCUUUCCAUCGCCUCUUCGCCUACGUCUCACUCUUCAUUCACGUCUGUGUAUGCCUCACAUGCUGUCGAACUUAUCGAUGAUCUAGUUGAGUUUCUACGCUGGACAACGUGGAAGGACUGUGGAGCAUGUGCGGACGAAGAGGUCUGCUUCAUACCCAUCUGGCCGAUGGGCUCACAUGAGGAUCAUGCACACCCAAAAUGCAAGCGCGAAGAAGAUGCAGAAGACGGAGGUGAUGGGUAUUGGGGCUCAAGGAGGAGACCGCAUGGGAAGAGAAGGAUGAAGAAGGAUAGGAAGUAUGAAUCUACACGUUACAGGAAUUGA